CCGCCGCCCCGUUCCAUCUCGUCGCCAAGUGAGAUGCUUGCAUUACAAUAGAUGGGGAAAGCUAAGGGUGGAUCGAUAUUCAUCAGGCUGGUUUCAGCUGCAGGGACUGGGUUCUUCUAUGUCAAGCGGAAAAAUCCGCGCCGAAUUACAGAGAAGCUUGAAUUCCGCAAGUAUGAUCCCCGAGUGAAUCGGCAUGUUCUCUUCACAGAAGCAAAGAUGAAGUGAAAAGUAGGUUUGCCGUAUAAUUUUGUCAGUUAAAAUCUUUUAUAUGAUGGAAUGUUGGAACCGCUGCCCGAACGAUAUUAAUAUUUAUGAAUCUUAUUUCAUGUAAUGAAAAAAUGUUAUGGAAUAAUUAGUACUGCAAGAAGGACAUACUGCUGAAAUUAAUUUUGUAUUUCAGCAGUUGAUAGUUUGAACUGUGUUGAGUAUUGUAAAACCAAAAAUGGGUGUAAAGACUUUCAUGUUGAGUUUAGCUGAUAUUAGUUUGGGUUGAUUUGUAGAAAA